UGGGGCAUUAGUUAUUGCACGGCAGCUGCGGAGAUGCAAACCACGAUGACAACACGACGACUUGGCCUUCUCGGUCUGCUGGUGGUGCUGGGCUGCCUGGCGGCCCAGGGCAAGCCACAUGGCUGGAGCAGCGGAGGUGGAUCUGGCGGUUGGUCCUCCGGCGGCGGAUCGGGCGGCAGCAAGGUCAUCAUCAGUGCCUGGCCAUCCGGCGGUGGCGGCGGAGGAGGCUGGAACUCCGGUGGCGGAUCAGGAGGAGGCUGGAACUCCGGUGGCGGAUCAGGAGGAGGCUGGAAGAGCGGUGGCGGCGGCUGGUCAUCCGGUGGCUCUGGAGGUGGUGGUUGGAAGAGUGGCGGUGGCUCUGGCGGCUGGUCCUCCGGCGGAUCCUCUGGCUGGCCCAGCUCGGGAGGCUCCUCCGGCUGGAAGUCCGGCGGCAGUUCAGGAUUAUCUAGUGCCCUGUCCAGUCUCUCCGGUUGGAAAUCCCAGGCCCUGGGAAGCUUGAGCAGCGGUUGGAAGAGCGGUGGCGGCAGCGGUGGAGGCGGUUGGUCAUCUAGCGGCUCGGGAGGCGGUGGCUGGAAGAGCGGUGGUGGCUCAGGCGGUUGGUCCUCCGGUGGUGGAUCCUCCGCCUGGCCCAGCAAGAUCAGCAGCGGCUGGUCCUCCGGCGGUGGUGGAGGAGGAAGUGGCGGCUGGUCAUCCGGCGGAAGCGGCGGCUGGAGCUGGUAAACAGAUCCUGGACACGCGACGACAUCCAACCGAGACGAACCGGCGACGAGGCGACUCUUGAAUCCACUGCUCAACUUGUAUAUAACAUUCUCUGCCCUAAACUUAAUCAAUAAUUUUUUUUUUGUGUUUUUAAAUAUGUGAAUAAAACUUACGAGAAAGUAA